UGUGGCGAGCGUGCGCGCAUUCGUAACGAUCGAAUGUUGUGCCGCUCAGUCAACAAAUCGCAAUCAGCUAGCCAGUUUAAUAUGUAAACUGACGCGGCCAAUAGCACAACAACUUGCUGGUGCAGUGCGGCUAGAAGUGAUGCCAAAUAGCGCGCGCGUUAACGAAAUUACGAAAAGCGAAAAAGUUAGUGAUUUAAAAGGUAAAAGUCAAACAAAAAGAUCGAAAAUUGCAAAACUUAUUGCCAACAUAAAUGAACUGCGCAAAAUGUUUCUCCGUCGCGCCAUACAAGUCGCCACAGUGUUGAUUUAUUGGUUUGUUAUUGUGCCGGUGAUUGCCAAGUAUUUGGAGGACAUCAAAUGGAUGCGUCGCGGCAAAUGGACACGCAAGAAAUUGGGCUUCUAUGGCAUUGCUGCAUUCACUUUCAUCUUCGUCUACUUUCUCUGCAUGUACGCGUACAUGUUGUGUAAGCGUUGGGAACGUAAAAUACUUACCGACAUGAAGCAGUCGGGCAGCAAGGCGGCCGAGUCUGAGGCACCCUCAGCAGCCACAUCGAUGGCCACCGUGGCCGAAAUAGAGCCACUCGAGCGUAUGCGUCCAACGCGACCAGCUCUUCUGCCAGCGCCAGCUGCUAGCAGUGCUAGUGCGCGCCUAUUGACUAAGGAGCAGCAGGCGCAGGAAAAGGACGCGAACGUGCAUCAACUACAACAACAGCAGCAGACGGGCACACGCAGCAAAGUGAAAAUUCUACGUUCAGCACCGAAAAUACCAACAGUACAUCGGCUAUUACCGUCACCUACAACCACCACAUUGCCGGUAAUUGUUACCACACCGCUGGCGCCGCUGCAAGAGCAGCCGCCCUAUGGCAGUGAACUCGAGGCGAAAAAUAAAAGGUUAAGUCGCGCGGAACGUUUAACAGCGGAAUUAGCGGAGAUUUUGCGGCGAUAUUAUCGCAUGAGUACGGGCAACGGCACUAAUAAGGCAACGACAACGAUGAUGGAGCGCGUGUGAAAAGCGAUUUGGGGCGGGGUUAAAGAUAGCAUUGUGAUUGAACAGCGUAUUAGAGAAAAUUAGUUUUACGAGUUUCUUAAGUAGGACACUUAAGCAGGAAUAACGAAAGCUAUUGGGAUUUUUUCUAGCACACUUUGAAAUGGUAUUUUGAUGAGAAUCCUUAAUUGAAGCUUUUUAUUAUUGAAUAGCAAAAGCAUAAAUACGAAAUUACGAAUGCGAAAAAAAAAUGAAAUGAGAAUGCGAAAUUUUCGACGAAAUCUCUUUGAUUUAUGAACAAAAAGUGAAAAUAUAAGUAUGUAUGUGCGAAUAAAAUACAAAUACAAAUUUUAAUCGAAGAUAAUGGGAAUAAGUGAGGAACAUUUAAAAAUACUAAAACAAAAAUAUAACGAUAAAAGUGAAAUAAGAAAUGAUUAAAAAUCGCAGACAAUGCAAUUAAACCAACGUAUCAAAAUACUUUUGUGGUGUUAAUAAAUAAAUAUUUUUUUUUUUUUUUUAGAAAAACCUUUGCUGAUAACUUUAUAUAUAUGUAGUAAUCUUCAAAAAUUCGAUAUUUUCGAGUUAAAAAAUAUAAAUAGUGAAUGUUUUCACUUAAGAUUUUGUUAAGGAAACUUAAAGUAGGUGAAAGUUUGGCCGAAAGCCAUUCCAAUAAUAUAAAAAACAGCAAGCAGUAAGUAUUGCAAAAUAUUGUGAAAUCGCUGAAAAUAUAAACUAAAUAACUGAAAGUUUGCACAAAAGCAAUACGACAGCAUAACAAGACAACAAGCAAUAGAUAUUACAAAAGUUGGUGAAAUAACUAAGCAUUUGAUAUCAGUCAAUUAUUAUAAAAUGUAGUUGUGGUAAUACGUGAAAGGUUGCCCGUAAAAGCCGUCAAAAAAGCUUACUCAAGAAUAUUAGUGUUAAAGAUAGAUAAAAGACAACUGCCUAGAAAAACAAUAAAUGUUUGGAGGCAAGUUUUUAUGAAAGCGUCCAUUGAUUCAGAAAUGUGCAAGCACGGUUUCAACAUUUCUCGAAUCAUAUAAUAUACCUAUAGCGCUAGUGAAAGUUUUAACUUAAUUAUCUGUUCAGGACGCUUCGACUGAGUGAAAGUUUGGACUAAAGCGUUUUCAACAAUAUAAAAAAAAAACAACAAGCAAUAAAUAUUAAAACAUAUGGUGAAACAACUAAGCGCUUUAUUUCAGUCAGUCAUAAAAUAUAUGCGGUUUUAGUAAAAGGUGAAAGCUUGACAGUGAAAGCGCGCAAAAAGGCUUUCGCUAAAAAUUAGCGUAAGACCCGGAAGAAAGCAACUGACUAAAAACGUAAUAAAUACAACGAGUGAUCUAAUGAGGCAAUAGGCGCACGCAUACGUAUCUGCGCUUAAAAAUUGUAUGGAGCUCUAAGCGACAAACUUUAUGUGCGCUUAUAAAUA